GCCCUGCGGCCAGCUUGCUCCCAGGCCUCCCAAGCCGGUUCUUUUUUCUCCCUCACGGGCAGGGCCUAAACCUAGUCUCUUGUUUUCCCUUCUCUCCCGCACCUUAAUUAGGGGUUUCUAAGCAGAGAGGGCCUCCGGGGGAGCCUGAGGCCGCUUGGCUUCGGGGAGUUCCGCUUAAAGGGCCAGAGGCCUGGAUUAGUUUAGGGAGGGGAGGGGCCAGGAGAGGCCUGGCUGUAAGGUUGGCAAAAUGAUGCAGGCCAGAAAGCUCUGGCUUCUACACUGGGAGGCUCUCUGCUGCAGGUCCACCCAAGGGGCUCGUGGAUUCUUCAGCCUGACCCAGCCUCUUAUGCUGGACGCCAGGCUCAGACCAGAUCACCCACAAAUGGUCUGGCGAGAGCCAAAGAAACACAAGCUGCUUCCAUCAAACUGUAGCUACCUCGAGUUCAAAACUUGGUCAGCUCCCCGGGCCUUGGCCUUUCAGACAAAAAAUAAUACUCUUUGGCCCCUCGAUGCUGGAAAGUACCCAGAGGGCAGUGGCACAGUGGAGAGAGCCUACUGCCUGGAAUGGGGAAGACGGGUUUAAAGCUGGCCUGAGAUUCUUUAGACGUUGUCUGAGCAAGUCGCUUAACCCUGUUUGCCUCAGUUUCCCAAUUUGUCAAAUUAGCUGGAGAAGGGGAAAAAAAGGCAAAUUAUUCCAGUAUCUUUGCCAAGAAACGCCCAAAAGGGGGUCAGGAGGAGUCGAUAGGAAAUAAGCAACAAAACUGGGCUUCGGGCGGGGUCUACAAGGUCACUGAUGUGAAGAAUGUAGAGUUCGGGAACAUUGACAGGGGGUUUUGCGGUCCCGGUAAAUCCAAAUCAGGGGGUGGAAAGUUUCUUUUUGUCCGGACCUUCCUGCCUGACCUCUAAGUUGGGUCUACUGGGCUAGACAGGGUGCGAGCCUCCAGGGCUAGACUGGCCCCAGGGGGCUGCCCAGCGAGUGUUGAACCCAGUGCUUGACCUAUGGGAGAACCGGCCGGUCUAAAUGGAAGAGUCCCUGCCCUGCAGUGGGGGAGGAUGUCCUCCUGGGGAGGCAGGGUCAGAAUACCCUGCUGUCCUCCUCAGGUCGCGGGAUGUCAGGCCGUAGGAGAGGGAACUUGGGCUGGGCUGGACUUCAAGCGGCUUGAGUACCGCGCCGCGGUUUGGGCAAUUUCUUACUGCAGAACAAGCCACACCCCACACUUUCCCAACUCCACCUUCCGAGUUCCGGCCCCGCCUCUCGCCCUCGAGCUUCUCGGCGAUCGAUUGGCGCCGCCUGCGGGCUAGGCGGCUCGGGCUCGCUUAGCGUUGCCUUUUGAGUGCCCACGUGGGAGAGCUGACCAUGGCAGCCUUGGCCGAGCCGGAGGCCGUAGGCCUGGGAAUCCGGGGCGGCCCGGGCAAAGGUCGAGGGCCUCUCCGAGGCCGUCUGGCCAAUCAGAUCCCCCCGGAGAUCCUGGGUGACCCUCGACUGAAGGAAGCUGUCCAGGCCUUGCCCUCUAACUACAACUUUGAGAUCCCAAAGACCAUCUGGAGAGUCCGGCAGGCACAAGCCAAAAAGGUUGCCCUGCAGAUGCCAGAAGGCCUUCUCAUGUUUGCCUGCACCAUUGUUGACAUUCUGGAAAGGUUCACAGAGGCAGAAGCCCUGGUGAUGGGAGAUGUGACCUAUGGUGCCUGCUGUGUGGAUGACUUCACCGCCCGGGCCCUGGGGGCUGACUUCCUGGUGCAUUAUGGCCACAGCUGCCUGGUGCCCAUCGAUGUCUCGGCCAAGGGUCUCCGGAUGCUCUACAUUUUCGUGGAUAUCCGGAUAGACACCGCCCACUUACUCGACUCGGUCCGCCUCACCUUCCCCCCAGCUACUUCUCUGGCCCUGGUCAGCACCAUCCAGUUUGUCUCGACCUUGCAGACAGCUGCCCAAGAGCUGAGAUCGGAGUACAAAGUGUGUGUCCCGCAGUGCAAGCCGCUGUCCCCUGGAGAGAUCCUGGGCUGCACGUCCCCCCGGCUCUCGGAGGAGGUGGAGGCCGUUGUGUAUCUUGGCGAUGGCCGUUUCCACCUUGAGUCUAUCAUGAUUGCCAACCCAGGGGUUGCUGCGUACAGGUACGACCCAUACAGUAAGGUCUUAUCCAGAGAGCACUAUGGCCAUGAGCGCAUGCAAGCUGCCCGUCAAGAAGCCAUCUCUGCUGCCCGUUCCGCCCGGUCCUGGGGCCUCAUUCUAGGCACUUUGGGCCGGCAGGGGAGCCCCAAGAUCCUUGAGCACCUGGAAUCUCGGCUCCUCCACUUGGGGUUGCCGUUCAUAAGGCUGCUACUCUCUGAGAUCUUCCCCAGCAAGCUUGGCCUCUUCCCAGAAGUGGAUGCGUGGGUCCAGGUGGCCUGUCCUCGCCUCUCCAUUGACUGGGGCACAGCCUUCCCCAAGCCGAUGCUUACCCCCUAUGAGGCAGCUGUGGCCCUGAAGGACAUCCCGUGGCAGCAGCCCUAUCCUAUGGACUUCUACGCGAGCAACUCCCUGGGGCCGUGGGCAGCAAACCACACUAGUCACCAGCCGCCCCGUGCGGGGAGGGCGGCGGCUGUAUCCUCCUGCCAGUCGGAACGGUUGAAGGGGCCUGUGGCCGCCGUCCCGAUCGUCAGCUGCAGUGACUGCGCCUGCCGCGAGGAGGCAGCACCUUCGCCCGCUCCCUGACACUUUUCUUGGCUUCCCCUGCGGCUCCCUGCCCCCAAUCAAGGAAAAGGCCGGGCUCGUCCCACCCCCUUGGCUUCAGCCCUCCCCAUGUCAUUUCCGGUUCCGCUUGUGGCCAGGCGGUUUCCGGUGCUGGGAUACAGAAUGUCGGAAUCGCCACCUUUGCUGCGGAUUUUGUGCCUGGCCGGCUUUAGACAGAGCGAGCGCGGCUUCCGAGAGAAGACCGGGUCUCUGAGGAAGGCGCUGCGGGGCCGCGCCGAACUCCUGUACCUCAGCGGCCCCCACCCUAUCCCAGAGACCGACCCCGCAGCCGGUGAGUGAGAAGAGCCGGCGUCUGGCCCCGCCCAUGGCCGAUCACAUGCGGCCUCACCACUUAGCCCGGGCUGUGCUGGAAGCGAUUCUUUCCUGUACCUUUUCUGCAGGUGGACCCUAAGGCCUGUCGGGGCUCUUGCUCAUUCCCAGCCCGCUGCCCACGUGCUCAAACCCUACCCGUCCUUUCCCUCUCCCGGUCUUUGUGCCCUCUCUCCAGCGUUCCCCAGCUCUCCUCCCCCUCAUCUGUGCUUCCUUUCUAGGUUCCCCCCACUUGCUCCUCCAGCUCAUCCUGUUGUAUUGGUCAUGCUCCCAUAGGGCCCUGUUCCCCAGAGGAAGAACCUCGCGGUUGGUGGUUUUCAGAGCCAGAAGGAGCAGGAUUCUCUGCCCUAGAAGAGCCGUUGGAAUGCCGGGGUCUGGAGGAAGCCUUGGCUGUGGUUGGACAAGCAAUGGCCAAAUAUGGCCCCCUGGAUGGACUCCUUGGUUUUAGUCAAGGGGCUGCAUUAGCAGCCUUAGUGUGUGCACUGGGCCAGGCUGGUGACCCCCGAUUCCCUCUCCCUCGAUUUGUCAUCUUGGUUUCUGGUUUUCAGCCCCGAAGCCCCAAGCUCACCGCACCCUUCCUGCAGGCACCCUUAUUGCUCCCUUCAUUGCAUGUGCUGGGGGAAACAGAUAAAGUCAUUCCUACACAGGAGAGCCUUGACCUAGCUGGCUGCUUCCCUGGGGCAGUCACUCUCCGCCACCCUGGCGGCCACUUCAUUCCGGCUGCUUCUCCCCAGCGCCAAGUCUACCUUAAGUUCCUGGACCAGUUUACAAAGUGAUAUUGCUGGAUCCUGUUUUCCUAAGACCGAUGAGGAUAUUUGACAGCCACCUGACCAGCCACCUUCUGUGACAUGGGUCCUUGGCAUAUUGAUCAAUUAAGGGAUGUAGGUGCCCUGGGGUCAGAUGAAGGGGGAUGAAGCAGGUUGAGUGACACCGGACAAGUUUUCUCCUGUGCCAUGGCUUCUACUACCUAUGAGGAACGUGGAUUCAGAGAAAUGUUACAAUUGGAAUUGCUCCCCAAUAAAGCAUAUAUUUUGUUAUUUGAAA